GUGGUGCUGGGGCUGCUGGUGGCGCUGGGAGCCUGUGGGGCUCGUGGUGAGGAGACCACAGGCUAUUUCCAGGAGAUACGGAGGUCCGAGUGCCGCUACCUCAACGGCACCGAGCGCGUGAAGCUGCUCGAGAGGUACCUCUACAACGGGCGGCCCUUCCUGCACUUCGACAGCGACGUGGGGGCCUACGUGGCCGACAGCGCCCUGGGCCAGCCCGACGCCGAGUACCUCAACGGGCAGGCCGACCUGCUCCAGAAGAGACGGGCUGAGGUGGACGCCGUGUGCCGGCACAACGCCCGCAUUUGGAGCCCCUACACCGUGCGGAGGAGAGUUCAGCCCGAGGUGGAAAUUUACCCCGUGCAGUCGGGGUCGCUGCCCCGAACGGACAGGCUGGUCUGCGCCGUCAUGGAUUUCUACCCGCCGGAGAUCGAGGUGAAGUGGUUCAAGAACGGGCGGGAGGAGACGGAGCGCGUGGUGGCCACGGACGUGAUCCAGAACGGAGACUGGACCUACCAAGUGCUGGUGAUGCUGGAGACCAGCCCGCAGGCCGGGGACACCUACACCUGCCACGUGGAGCACGYGAGCCUGGAGCGCCCGCUCACRCACRMYUGGGGGGCCCAGUCGGACACGGGCCGGAGCAAGAUGCUCACGGGAGUGGGCGGGCUGGUGCUGGGGCCCUUGGGGUUGGCCCUGGGGCUCCUCAUCUACCGGCGCAGCAAGACCCCCCUGCCCUCCAGAACUGAGACCUGA